AUGGUUUUUUCUCUCACGUUCUUCACCACCCUAGCAGCAGCUGUCGCUGCCAAGGAGUGCAGUGAGCACUUUGCUGAAGGUAAGAUCCCAGACACAGAGGGCACGUUCUUGUGCAGAAAGAAGGGUGACAAAACGUUCUUUGCAACUGUCUACGACACGAAGAUCCGCUGUCCCAAGUUCUCAGCUUACCUUAUGAAGCCGGAGGAGCAGAAGCAUGACGCAUAUAAGCGCAAAGGCUUCACCCUCGAUCCAGAUGUGCCAGCAGACCAGCAGGCGCACUCUAAGGACAAGGCAUUCGAUUCGACGCAUGACAUCGGCCAUUUAGCUCCCAGCAAUGCCUUCACAUGGGAUCAGUCCGAUGAUGGCGCUUGGGCACACACCUACAUGAUGACAAACGUUGCACCGCAGGGUUCCUACUUCAACGAGCACCCCUGGGCUUUUGUUGAGAAGCACACGAGGGAAUUUUGCGUCAAUCACAACGUUGAGCUCUACGUCGUCACCGGUGUCAUUCAGGCGGAUCGUCCCACAAUGGUUGAAGGCGAUGCCGUCCCAGAGUACUAUUACAAGGCCCUUUGUGAUAUGAAGAGUGGUCAGUCCGUUGCUUUCCUUGGCGAAAACACGGACUGCAAGGAAUGCGGCAUCACUAAGGACGGCAAGUACAUUCUCAACUCAGUUUCUGAUGUGGAGAAGAAGGCUGGCUACUCCAUCUUCCCGUCCAGCUGUAACCCCACGAAGGUGGAUGAGGCGUUCUGGGACGUCUUCCAUCAGUCCAGUGCCAUUAUGAUCUGA